CUAUAAUUUACACUUAAAAUUUUUGAUAAUUUGUGUUAAAAAUGUCCGAAACGCUAAAACUAAAUCUGCAAUUCGGUGGCGGAGCUGAAUUGCUAUUCGAUAAAAUAAAAAAAAGAGAAAUAGAGCUUCCGAACUUAAAGAAAUAUUAUCCCGAGAGUGCAAAUGAACGAUGGACAAUACGCGAAUUAUUACUUUGGAUUAAGGAUAAUCUAUUGAGGGAGAGACCAGAAUUGUUUCUACAGGGUGACUCCGUAAGACCAGGCAUCUUAGUGUUAAUAAAUGACUCGGACUGGGAGCUCGCCGGGGAGCUGGAUUAUGAGCUAAAGAGUAACGACACUGUAAUGUUCAUAUCCACUUUGCAUGGAGGAUAG